UCCGGCUUUAAACUUGAAUCGAAACAAUACGGCGCCAAAGCAACAUCUGAAUUAAGCUCAGAACGAUACUUGGUACGCCAUCUGUUGGGUGGUACGAGACGUACCAAGGGAUGCGAGAUGAGUGGAUGAAGAAGGAAGGGAGAGGGAGUUCGAAGUACUACCUUGAGGGGUGUGGAUCGAACAAAUAAUUGUCUUUGAUUUUUGUGCGUUUUUCCGAAAUUUUCCCUUGAAAAUAGGAACCAAAGACUGUCCGAGACGUUUGUGACGGGUGCGGUGUACGGAUAAACGAUCUGCUAUCCAGUGUGGUGGAAUUUGGUGCGACGCCCGCACGGCGACUGUGACUUAAGUGCUGAAAGGACGCUAACGGCAGUAACCCUUUACUCAGAUCGGUGGCGUAUAGGUAACCUUCGAGAUAAGAAAUGGACGGCGGCAAGAAACACGUGAGUUCCGGCAGCGGAAGGUGGACCUCGCGUCCACAACGGGCGACGACGGAACCGCGGACGAGAAGUAGAAGGCCAAGACGACCACUAGUGGCGACGAGUCGUUGGGUCUGGCCAGUCCCGGAGGAUCGGCAAACCCAACACACUCUCCAGCAACAGCGGGACCUGAUUGCGACGCUAACGGAACAACAGCGAGUCCUAACCGCCACCGUGCAGUCCCUGCUGACGGCCAGAGCUGAGGGCCCGGAGGUCGCCGUUCAGAGCGCUACCGAUCCACCAACAGUUGGAGUAGUGGAACCACCUGUCGAGGAGGGAGCCGGUGAGAGUACACGGCCUGUUUGUGCUACGCGGACUGCCUCUUGUGUUUCAGGUGUUCCCCUCAGAAGCACCCCGGCGGUCGCUCGGCCCCAGUUCACCGGGGGUGAAUUAGAGAACCCAGUGCGGUUUCUAAAAAAAUUUGAGAACUACUACGGUAGGAUCCACGCUUCGGAAGGUGACAAGUUAAACGAAGUGAUCGAUUGUCUCACACGGUGGCCGGAGGAAUGGGCGGCGUUUGAGCGAGGUGCAUGGACCACUUUCGAGGACUUCCGGAAGGGGUUCCUCGCAAAAUUCUGGGGCAGGGAUCGCCAGCUUCAAGUGCGGGCGCAGAUCAUGAGUCGACGAUACGAUCCGACGAAGGGGAAUUCCAUGUCGGAAUACUUCGUGAGGCUCGUCAACCAACUUCGCACCUUGACGAUCCCCCUACCGGAAGACCUACUGGUGUCCGACCUGAUGCUGCUGUUUCCCCAAGAGGUCCACGGGAAGUGGCAGGCACAAUUUCAGGGAGAACGAACGAUUGAAGGGGCCCUGAAAUUCUUGGAAGGCGAAUCGCUAAUUCAUCCCCCUAGACGUUCCAGGUCCGAGGUUCUGCGACGCCCCACGAGUGCUGCACUGCAAGUGCAUUCCAGCGUGAGCCCUGCGAGUCAAGACACUGAGCCGUUCCACCCGUUUUCUAUCCCACCUCCAAUUCCGAGGUCGGGAAACUAGAGAAGGACGU